GAACUUUAUAAUGCCUUGGUUGAGCAUUUUUUGAGUGCUUGAGCCAACUGAAAUCGGCCUAUCUGAGCUGCAAUCAGUUCACCACCAAGAGAUUAGAAUGGAGAAAGGGAGCCCUCUGCCACCUGCCAAAGACUUGGACAAGCGGUCUGAUAAGGAAGAGGAGGAAUAUGAUGAUGAUGACGGCUUUGUCGGGGAAUCAGGGAAGGAUCCAAUUGAGAGUGAGGAUGAUGUUCUGUCCACAGGCAUUGAUGACUUUGGCGAGGAAGAUGAUGGGGUGUUGGAUAUAGAGAUAGAGGGAGGCCUGCCAGGGAAGGCUAAUAAUGAGGUGGUGGCAGCCCUAGAGUCUGACGGAGAAUUUUUCAAUCCUGUUGGUCGUAAACUGUCCAUUUGGGAUACCACCAAGUUAAUCAGCAAGUGGAGGUGGUCUCACCUACGAGGCUACCAUAUAGGCCUCUACAGUCAUGACGAAGCCCACAAAAACCUGAUCAGCAGUCGAGAGGAAGACAUCAAAUCAAGUAUUCCUCUUCCUAUUGUGAGCAUAAUGCAGAAAGAGGCUUUGCGUAUUCUGGAGAAGAUAGAACAGACAUACAGGUCUGAUCUGGGGGCCAACCACGAAUUGACCAAAGACGUUCAGAACCGGAUUAAGGUGGUCAGAGCCCAGCUGGCUGCUAAGUAUGCCAGCGUCCCAACCUGCUCUACUGGCUGGCCAGGCUUUCUGCAGAACUGGUAUCUGUGUCUGAAGCGGAUCUGGUAUCUGUGGCCAUGGGCAAAGGCAGAGGAGGUCAAGGAGGAGAGGAUGGGAUGGGGGCAGUGGCUCAGGAGCCUACUGAGGAGAGCACCUGCAAGCACUGAGGAGGAGGAGAGUACACCUCCCCCUGCCGAAGCACAAGAGCAGACUCUCCAGACUGGAUGGGGUCAGUGGCUGGGGAACCUUCUGAAGAGGUCAUCGACUGCCACUGAGAGCAGGGAAGGAGAGGAGAGCAAGCUUCCACCAGCAGCCAAGGGAGAAGUGACGGAAUCAGAAGACAGCGACAUUCCUCCAACGGAUGACCCAGAGAGGGAGGAGGGACAGCAGUCCUGGACUGGCUGGAGACAGAGGCUGGGAACUCUGAGAGGAUGGAGGGUAACUGGAGGGGAGAAAGAGAACAAGCUGCCCCUUGAAAGCAUCCAGUCUUAGCACUGCUGGCAUAUGACUUUUUUGUCACAAAUAAACUCUGAGCCAGACAACC